AUGUCGGUAUCACUUUUGCGACACCAUAUUCUUUUUAAAUCUUUAUGUACUGCAUGCCUGCAUCCCCAUCCUUAUCGUCGGUAUGCUUCCCAAGGUGCUCUUGCUCUCGCGUCUUCUACCCCCGAACCUACGAAAGAAACGCGGCUGGAGGGUUCAAGUACGGCUGUCAAUGACCAUGGAGAAAUGGGCCAACCGUCGAACGUUCCUUCGCAAGUAGACGGAAUGAAGCCUGUAAAGCCAAGUGGGGACAGCGCUGCUCGCAGAAAUCCGUUAGAACCAACUCGUGUGGACAAGUACCUGGCUUCUAUCCGUGCUGCAGGACUGGAACCAACCUUGGACGACAUUGAACGAUGCAAGCCUGCGAGGCGCGCUCGUCCCCAUUCUCCCCAAUACGCUGAUGACUAUCACAAUCUCGUUGAUUCCCUAUGUCGAUCCUUCAGCAAGGACCAACUGCGUCAAUUUACAUUGCUCUAUAAACUGGAUCCCAUUUGGACAAGGUCCAAACGUCGGAAAGUCGAAUAUGCCGAGUCCAUCAUAGAAAAACAGUGGGGUUGGCCAUCGCUCAAGGAAAUUGAAAGGCAGAGGAGAGACAGAACAGAAGUGACAGAAAAAUCUUUCCACGUAAAUCCAAGUCAGCUAUUUUUGAUAUUGGGGCAGGAUGGAGCCGAUCUAUUACAGUUAUCUAUGCAGUAUAAUGUGCACAUUUCACUUACUUCUGAUCCCCUGGCGCUCAGAGUGGAAGGUUUGAGAGGAUCUCUGAAGCAACUGUCUGAGCAUAUCAGUCUGCUGAAAAAGGACAUUGUGGAAGAAGUUGUCGAGUUGCCCGUCAAACGUCCCAUUCGACAUGAUUUACUUCAGCGGAUAUCCCGUUUAGCCAAUGCUUACGUCGAGAACAUUGGAUUUAAAGGAAAAAUUCGAAUUUGUGCCAAAGAACACAGUAGUUUGACCACUGCUAAACGGCUGGCUACCCGCGCUUCCAGUGAAGUAGAUGACUUCAAGUCCCCACCACUGCUAUCCUAUACUCCUCCAGUAGUCAACCGUCAACCGUCUGUUCCUGUCACGGCGUCCCAACAGACAUACUCUGUUUAUCCGUUUUUGUCCCCACGUUCCGUACCCUGGACGAUGAACUCGGGCGGAACAUUCAGAAUCCGUCGCGUGGGUGAAUGGCUCGGCAUCGAUGCCACAGAGGAUGUUCAGAAAACUGGUGGUCUAGCCGGAGGCAAAGGUAGCUUCUUGACCAAGUCUGGUCAGCCCUGCGAACUUGUGGAGGCUCUUAGGCGCAAUGCUUCUGAAGAAAAACAAGGCUACAGUCGGGUGUUUACGGCCUCACUUGGACAUAUGUUAAUCACAGCUCCUACACCAGCUCAGCGAUCAAGUAUUAUUCCUCCAUUGAAAGGCUACUUUGCUCUCCCAAAUAUUCUCAAGUGGCUAGAAAGCGGCACUAAUAAGAUAGAAUUUGUUCCAAGCUUACCGGCUCCAUUGCUGAAAUCUCAGCCCGCCGAACAGAAAAUACUCCAUCGUCUGCUGUACAAAAAGCUUCCCUCACUCGAAGAUCCUGUUAAGGUCGAUAGCCCCCAGUCAAGCGAGCUUGCAUCUCAGGGUGUGAUUAAAUUCGAAAUGGAAAUCAUGCGUCCAACCAACAAGGCAGAUCCCGAAAUGAUGAUGGAAGACUCCGUUGAUACUUCCAUUGACUCUGAGUUGACUGGCAACGCGGAACAAUUUACCAACGAUUACCUCGGGGACGACAGUCAGAAUUUAGAGAAUCAUCCUUCUAGUAUUGUCUCUGAGCUACAAGAAAAUAUCGACGAGUUCUCUGACACAGAUUCGGACUUGCCCGUAGAAGUUCAAUGCAUUCAGGGCGAAGAAACUACUGUGGACCUUUUGAUGCCUGACCGCCCCAUGGACGUACGGUUCUCCGUCUUCAACUGCAGGAAGAUCGCACAGGAACAUCAACCAGAAGAUUUGAGAAAAUACGCCUCUAAUCUGCAUUCGUUCUUAAAUGCCGCGGAACCAGACGUAUCUCAGCCUCGUCCACCCCUAACAGUAUGCCAUGAUGGUGAUGUUUAUCUUCUUCAAUCCAGUCAUAGUAUCCGUCAAGGCUUCGAGUCCCUGCCGACGUCUUUCCAAGCUGACAGGCCUGGUAAUGAAGUUCCUUUAGAAGCCGAACCAGCACCUGUUAUCAGUGAAAGUGUUUUGGACCUGGAGAGUAAUCAAAAAUUGUCCAUAUGUCAGGUCACUUGUGAUAAUCAUACAGACGAGCAAUCCUGGAGCCAGUUCCUGAAGGGCUGCGAUGUGCUCAGUUCAGUUACUUUUCAUUCUCCAAGUGUGGAAACAGAAUCCGACGUAGACUAUCUUGAGCAGUAG